AUGAUAGAUUUGUGUUGUAAAAAGAUGACUACUGAUGAGAAAAAUAAGAAAAAUAAAAUUGAUGUAACAAAAACACCAAAAAAUUUAAUGAGAAUUGAGUUGAUUAUCGUAAAAAAUAAAAUAAUUAAGAUAUUUAUUUUACUGCAAGCUUUUUAUAGAGAAAUAAAUGCAGAUAAUGAUAACGAAGCAGAUAAUAAAUCUAUGGAUAAAGAUCUGAUAAAUAUGGAAGAACUAAAGGACAUAUAUAAUAAUAUAGAUGAGCUAAAAGGCAUAUACAAUGAUAUAGAUGAGCUAAAGGACAUAGAGGAGCUAAAAAUCAAAUACGUUAAAAUGAUUAAAAAAUUAAAAUCUGAAAAUGAAAAGCUAGCUAAAUAUAUAGAUAAUGAAAUAGCUGAAUAUAUAAGGAAUAAAAUGAAAAGUUUGAAACAAACAAGUGAAGAUGACGAAGAAAAUGUGUCUAUAAAAAUAGAUGAGUAA